UUCAUCCCAAUUCAACUGCCUCAUAUCAAGCACAACAGCUGCAUUUAGCAAUCAGAGUUCUAAGACCUAAAAAUUCCAUCUUUUUUCUCUUUCGUCUGUGUCUUUCCUACCAAACGAAGCAAAUCAAGAUGAUCAGUGCCAAGAAGCUCAUCAAGUUAGCAAGAAAAUGGCAAAAAAUGGCUUCAAUUAGGAGAAAAAGAAUCACAUUACAAGGUACCACCAGGGACACUGAAACAACCAGUUGCAGCACAUCAUCGGUAGUCGACAAGGGUCACUUUGUUGUAUACAGUGUAGAUCAGAAGCGAUUUGUUCUUCUUUUGGAACAUCUAAAUAAUAAAUUUGUGAUGGACCUAUUCAACUUGGCAGAAGAAGAGUUUAGACUUCCAGGAAAUAGCCUUCUCGUCAUGCCUUGUGAUGCAACCUUAAUGGAAUAUGUAAUUGAUCUCAUCAAAAGGAAACAGAGUAAAGAAGUGGAGAAAGCAUUGAUCAUGUCUGUAAGCACCGGACGUUGCUCAUCAUCAUAUCUUUACAGACAAAAAAUGAGCCAACAAUUUCCAAUAUACAACUUCUGAAACAAUUCCUCUCCUUCUCAUCUUGUAAUUGAUGCACACCAUUAUAGACUAAAAUAUAUAAUGCAAAAACAUCAAAAUUUUUGUCUCUCA